GGCGAGGAAAGAGUUAAAAUCCAAAAUCCUAUAACAGCUCGGGUGGUUACGCUUUACAUGACUUAACAGGUCCCAUGGUCGGAAAACAGUAUUUAACUGAGACACACACACACACAGAGAGAGACAGAUUCCUGUGUCCAAGCUGAACAACAUGGACUUCAUGUCAGAUCGUGAUGUGCAGAAGUACAUGGAGGAGGGGUACGUGGUUCUCGACGGGCUGCUGACCUCCCACGAGUGUGACGAGCUGAGGCAGAGGAUGUCGGAGAUCGUGGAAGACAUGGACAUGCCAGGGCAGAAGUUUAUUCACCAGCAUUUCUUUCACAUGCCUUCCACCAAUUUGCACGUAAAGAUGCAGGGAGACGCUGACUAUUUUAUCACCAGCGGAGACAAGAUACGCUUUUUCUUUGAGAAAAGAGCUUUUGAUGACAAAGGUGAAUUCAUCUUUCCAAAACAGCGAUCACUGAACAAAGUUGGUCAUGCUCUACAUGCCUAUGAGCCAUUGUACAAAAAAGUUACGCAUUCAGCCAAAGUUCAGGGCAUCGCUAAGAAGCUGGGACUCGUAAAUCCUGUCAUACUGCAAAGCAUGUACAUUUUUAAGCAACCAGGAAUAGGUGGAGAAGUGACACCUCAUCAAGACGCCACAUUUCUGUACACUGAGCCCCUGGGCCGAGUUAUGGGAAUGUGGAUCGCCUUGGAAGACACCACUCUGACCAAUGGCUGUCUGUGGUUUAUUCCAGGGUCACAAAACAGUGGUAUCUCCCGGCGUAUGGUGCAUACCCCAGAGGGCCCCUUCCCCCUGACCGACUUCAUUGAGAAAGAGAUGGAGUACGACGAUGAGAAGUUCCUUCCUGUACCAAUUAAAAAAGGUGGCGUGGUCCUAAUCCACGGUGAGGUGGUGCAUCGCAGCGCUGAGAACAAAUCAGAGGACUCUCGCCACGUCUACACCUUCCACGUCAUGGAAUCCCAGGACACCCAGUGGAGCCCCGACAACUGGCUGCAGCCCACUGAAGAGCUUCCUUUCCCUCCCCUCUACACCAAGUGAAGGACAUCCGGCUGCAGAGACACACACGAUCCCAUCUUUCCUGAAGAGCGACCAACGUGUAUUAACAGUUUCAACCAUAGCUCAUGUGCUCAUGGAUGGUUUUUUAUCUUCCAUGACACCAUGUGUUGCUCUGAGCUGCAUGUAGAUUACAGACCAUCGAGAAUGAUUGUGGCCCGAUACUGAAUGUGAAUUUUUUAAUAUGCUUAGAAAUUAAUUUGAAUUGAACCCUUUUUUUAAAAUACAACUGAUAUUUAGAUCUGCUUUUAUUCAGCGUCUCCUAAUCAACAUUUGCACAAACCAGCAUUUCUUUUGUUCAAGCUAAUUUUCCUUUUCAGCUUUGUGUUCAAACAAGAUGGCAGAUUCCUAUUUUUACAGACAAGCAGUGAGCAACAAUUUUUGAUUUUAAGAUGCAACUCAAAAGAAAAACAUCUUUAUGUAUGAAUGAUUUUUAACAACAUCCAAACGUUUUUAGAUACAUUUGAAAUCAAACUGAGAAACCAGAGGGUUAAUGUUGGCGCACAGGUUCCUCUUCUCCAUUCUCACACCAGCAUUAAACAAAUGGACUGAAAA